AUGGUGCGAUAUUUGCUCGGAGUGAAUGCUCAUGCUAGGCAUUCCAAUCGCCUUCGACAGGCACCUUUGCAUCUGGCUAUUUCAGAGGGAGCGAUGGAGAUGUGUGAGCUUCUUAUUGAGCAUGAAAGGCUUAAUAGUCCUAAUUUAUGGGCUCGGAUGUGUUAUGAUACGCCAGUAAUGGACAUUAAAGCCAGGGGAGAGGAUACGCCUGGUAAACCAUUGGAUAUUGCUGUUCAUCAAGAUGGUUCUCCGGCAGCUCUGGACCGUAACAAGAUUCCGAUGUUUCAUUGUGCUGUGAAUGAUCGGAAUCGAGAGCUUGUUCGCAUUUUUCUUGAAUGUGGUGUACCGAUUGAUAUGAAAGGCAGAUACAAGAAUCGCGCACUUCAUCUUGCUGCUGAGAAGGGUGAUGUCAAGAUGGUCGAACUCCUUUUGGAGCGUGGGGCUUCCCUCAAGACGAAAAAUGAUGUCGGCCGAACUCCAGAGGAUGUCUCUAUGAGCGCCGAAGUCACGAUGAUAAUUCGCAACCAUGCUGGUGGAUCAAAAGAGGGAAAAGAAAAAGCGAUGCCAGCAAAUUCGAAUAUCAUGCCACCUCCACCUGAGUAUUCCUUGAAAUAA